GAAACCAAGCUUUUUAAUCGCACAGGUACCCGCCGUUCGCUCGCGAAUCUUUCCACGAGGAGGGAGCAACCAACAAUUGAUUUCCUCGUUUUCAAUCACAAAACGACAGGGAAACGGAGUCAUUAAUCACACCUCAUCAUUUUUUCCCGGGGAAGAAUUUGGAAUCCCUUUGCCCUAAACCUCUAUAUACUGCCUAUACACGAGAAUGCUUCCCUUCUCCUAAGAUACACAUCCUCUUUUCUUCUUUUCCAGUUUGAUUUUCACAAUAUGCGUUUCAACGCAAUAUGCAUAGCAGUCUGUCUGCUUCAAUGUUCUCCUGCUGCCGUUGCCAAACCCCUCGGUACCACCCAAUCAAGCCUGCAAGUGCCAUUGGAGGACCUGGAUACUACACACCAUCAGCAUGUUUCCUCCAAACGUCUGCAUGGUAGAUUCUUGCACAUUACAGAUUUACAUCAAGAUCCUCACUACAAAGUAUUCUCUUCCACCGACGAAGAUGAUGCUUGCCACAGAGGCAAAGGAACCGCUGGAACAUACGGAGCGGAAACCUCGGAUUGCGAUACGCCUCCUACCCUUAUAGACGCGACUUUUAAAUGGAUAAAGGAAAAUGUGAGGGAUAACGUGGAUUUUGUUGUAUGGACAGGGGACAGUGCACGACAUGACAGCGACGAAAAGAUUCCUAGAGUUCAAGACGAGGUCCUCGAUACGAAUAGAAAGAUCGCAGAUAAAUUCCUGGAGACUUUCGGCGAUGGGCACGAUUUGUCGAUUCCGGUUAUAUCAACAUUUGGCAAUAACGAUAUCCUUCCACAUAACAUUUUACUUUCGGGUCCGAAUAAAUGGUUGAAGACGUACACAGAUAUAUGGGAUAAAUUCAUACCAGAAGAACAGAGACACGGGUUUCAACGAGGAGGAUGGUAUUACGUCGAGGUUAUUCCUAAGAAAUUGGCCGUCUUCAGUCUUAAUACUUUAUACUUUUUCAGCCAUAAUGCUGCCGUGGAUGGUUGCGCAUUGCGCUCAGAGCCAGGAUACGAGCAUAUGGAAUGGCUUCGAAUUCAACUACAAUUUAUGCGCGACCGCGGAAUGAAAGUUAUCCUUACUGGACAUGUACCUCCUGCUCGAACAGACAGCAAAUCACUGUGGGAUGAAACCUGUUGGCAAAAAUAUACCUUGUGGCUCCAGCAGUAUCGGGAUAUUAUUAUCGGAGGUUUAUUUGGGCACAUGAAUAUUGAUCAUUUCAUGAUACACGACACUAAAGAUAUUGAUCUCUUAUUAUUUGACGGCAAAUCUGUUGCGCCUCCUCGCGCGCUGAUGGACGACGAGUUUACAAUUUCAUCUGCUGGAGAUUACUUGGAUGAUCUUCGAGAAGAUUGGUCUGGAUUACCUAAUCCAAAACACCUCCCGAUUCCCAUGGACACUAAAGAGGAAGAGUUGGACUACUCAGAGUCGGAUAAAGAUCCAAAGAAAAAGAAAAAGUCCAAGAAGGACAAGAAGAGAGACAAAAAGAAGAAAGAGCUCAAGAAGUUUGGAGGUCCAUGGGGUGAAAGAUUUGUGAUAACACACGUUGGGCCGAGUAUUGUGCCCAAUUACUUUCCUACUCUUCGGGUCAUUGAGUACAAUAUUACGGGGUUGGACAACUUGCCGACUUGGUCCAAUUCAGUUGUGAGCAGUGAUGAGCAAAUUGAUUGGCUUGAUCAAGAAGAAGAGGGUCAAUUCAACGUCGAUACCGUUGAGGAUUUGAUUUACAUAGACAAUGGCGAUGUCUCUAUCGAGAAAAAGAGGAAGCAUCAGAAAGACAAGAAGAAGUUCAAGAACCCGACGCCGUCCAAUCCAGGAUUCAUUAUUCCUUCGCCUCCUUCAAAAGACGCGCCUCCGGGACCUGCAUAUUCUCCUCAAAGUCUAACGUUACUUGGGUAUACUCAAUAUUUUGCCAAUUUGACCUACAUCAACAACCUUGAACUGAAAUCAGAGAGAUCCGACGACGAGAUUGAUGUGGAGAAGUGGCGUAAGGGUAAACAUGGCGGAAAGGUUCCAAAGGAUGAUGACCCAAACCCACACGCCUUUCAUUAUCAAGUCGAGUAUGACACUUUCACGGAUCCAAUUUAUAAAUUGAAAGAUAUGACAGUCAAAAGUUAUCUCAAGCUCGCUCACAGGAUUGGAAAGUACAAGCCACAAAAGGGGGAUCGCGUUAAGGAUGGAGAAAUUCUUGCAGAAUCCAAUGUCUACGAAGAUGAUGAGAGUAGUGAGAAUGAUGACAAGAAACGAAUUUCUAUCUCCGAGAACGAGACUGUUGAAGAUGCCGAGGAUCAUGAUAUCGAUGCAGAAAAGAAGAAGAAGAAGCACAAGAAAAAGAAGCAUCAUCGCAAAGAGAAGAAUAGAGUUUGGCUCAGCUUCGUUCAGCGUGCUUUUGUCGGUACAUUAGAUAAGGCUGAUAUCAAAUCCUUUGAUGAUGUUCAAGAACCAUUGGUUGCUAUUCCAGAAAAUGGAGAAGGGCCACAUAGUUUGGAAUUGUAAUGUUCUUUUAGCGUACAUGGAUUGGAGUUGCAUCAGAGACUGGGUUGGAGUUUGGUUAUUUUACUUGUCUUGCAUUUAUACCACUACGAUGGAAACAAAACGUGCAAUUGGAGUUCGGUAUUGUGCAUGGACUAUUACACCUCAAAUGAGGAUGUGGUAUGCAUUAUGGAGCGGUGCGUAAGAAUAUGAUAUGGCACCGUGGAGUUCUGGUUUUAUGGUUCAGAUGAGUGUAUGGAUGACGGUAUCGCAGUAGCAUGAAUACUAUUCAUCCAAUUCUUUCUCUCACGAUACCUAGAUAGUCUUCCUAUGAAAGCCUAGAUUGAGGCA